UAAAUCUCUCUAUACAAAAAGAAUUUCGUACCAUUUCUCCCAAAUAUCUCUUUAUUAACCUAAAAAAAAAAAACUCACAGAGCAGAGAAAAAAUGGCGAAAACAGUGAGCCCAGAUGCAAUAGCUACACUGCUUGCAAACCCUAAGCCAGAUUCAAUCUCCGAUGUACCCGAAAUCAUUCUUCAGAUCACCAACCUUGAACCGAAAGGCAAAUCUUACGGAUUCGAUGCGAACGACGGGAAAAGGAAAAUAAAAGCAAUAUUCAACUCACGUUUAUCAACUGAGAUCAUCUCCGGGAACAUUCAGAAUCUGGGUCUUAUCCGUAUUCUAGAUUACACUGUCAAUGAAAUCCCCAGCAAAUCUGAAAACUAUUUAAUCAUAACGAAAUGUGAGGUGGUGUCACCUGCACUUGAAAUGGAGAUUAGGGAAGCGAAAGAAGAAGCGCCCAUAGUGUUGAAACCAAAGCACGAAGUGGUUGCUAAAUCGGCUGCUCAGAUUGUUUAUGAACAGCGUAGCAAUAUGGCGCCUACUGCGCGAAUGGCGAUGACAAGGAGAGUACAUCCGCUUGUUUCUUUGAAUCCUUAUCAAGGAACUUGGACAAUUAAGGUUCGUGUAACGAGCAAAGGGAAUAUGCGUACGUACAAGAAUGCGAGAGGUGAAGGAUGUGUUUUCAAUGUUGAGUUAACUGAUGAUGAUGGUACUCAAAUUCAAGCAACUAUGUUUAAUGAGGCUGCAAAGAAAUUCUACGAGAAGUUUCAAUUGGGAAAGGUUUAUUAUAUAUCGAAAGGAACUCUUAAAGUUGCUAACAAGCAAUUCAGGACUGUGCAGAAUGAUUAUGAAAUGACUUUAAAUGAGAAUUCUGAAGUUGAAGAGGCUAGUAAUGAAGCUGCUUUUAUCCCGGAAACAAAAUUUAAUUUUGUUCCGGUUGAUCAAUUGGGUCCCUAUGUUAGUACCAGUGAGCUUGUUGAUGUUAUUGGAGUUGUUCAAAGUGUUUCUCCUACAAUGAGCAUUCGAAGGAAGAGUAACAAUGAGAUGAUUCCAAAGCGUGACAUAACUAUUGCUGAUGAGACGAAGAAGACAGUUGUGGUUUCACUAUGGAAUGAUCUUGCAACUACUGUGGGGCAGGAGUUACUUGAUAUGGCUGAUAAAUCUCCUGUAGUUGCAAUCAAAUCUGUUAAAGUUGGAGAUUUCCAAGGAGUGUCUUUGUCUACAUUGGGCAAAAGUAUUCUGCAAAUUAACCCAGAUACCCCAGAAGCAAAGAAACUGAGAAGCUGGUAUGAUUCUGAAGGUAAAGAAACUUCAAUGGCAUCUGUUGGUGCUGGAUUAAGUCCUUCAACAAAGACUGGAGGAAGGUCUAUGUACUCUGACAGAGUCUCCAUUUCGCACAUAACAAGCAACCCUUCAUUGGGUGAUGACAAGCCUGCUUUCUUUAGCAUUAGAGCAUAUGUAAGUUUCAUCAAGCCUGAUCAAGGCAUGUGGUACCGAGCAUGCAAGACAUGUAAUAAGAAAGUGACUGAAUCUAUUGGAGGCGGAUACUGGUGUGAAGGAUGCCAGAAGAGUGAUGCUGAGUGUAAUUUAAGGUAUAUUUUGGUGGUUAAGGUAUCAGAUGCAAAUGGUGAAGGUUGGAUAUCUGCAUUCAAUGAUGAAGCAGAGAAGAUUAUGGGUUGCUCAGCUGAUGAACUUGAUCAACUGAAAUCACAGGAUGAUGGGAAUAUGUACCAACUGAAACUGAAAGAAGCAACAUGGAACCCUCAUCUUUUCAGAGUCAGUGUAUCACAGAAUGAGUAUAACAAUGAGAAGAGGCAGAGAAUAACAGUCAGGGCUGUUGCUCCACUUGAUUUUUCUGCUGAAUCCAGAUUUUUGCUUGAAGAAAUUUCCAAGAUCAAAGGCUCCCAGUAGGGUAGAAAUUCCUCUGAUUUGUUCUUUAGAUGGUCAGUAUUUAUAAAAUGAGAGGAUAGGUUUAGCUCAGAUUGUUGGUUUCUGAAACAAUUUCUUGUUGUGUAUAUGAUGUAGGCCUUUUAAAUGUGCACUUUCCUGAUUUUGGAAUCAAAUUUAGUGUUCUUAAUUUAACA